AUGGCCCAACAGUCGAAGAAGAAACGGAACGACGACGAAACUAACGCUGCUCCUGAUGGCGGCCAGAAACCUGUCCAGUUACAACGAAGAAGAGUAUGGAGAGCUUGCGAAUGUUGUCGAAGGAAAAAGAUUAAAUGUGAUGGAUGCGAGCCUACUUGUUCUCAGUGUGCAUCUUCAGGUUCGCAGUGCACUUGGUUACAAACUAAAGAUCGAGCUGCGCUCAGUAGACAUUAUGUUCAAGAACUUGAAGCUAGGUUACUUCAUAUGGAAUCAAUAUUCUCUCAGAUCGCACCCGUUCUCGAGCAAUUCGGGAUAAACGGCGGUGAUGCUGUCAACACAUCCUCUGUGAAUGGCACUGUUUCUCUUCCACCCGAAAUUGCAGCCCCUGCCUCGGAAAUCCUUCGGUCUAUUGCACCACGGGACACUCAACAAUCGACUUCUAUUCCCAUCAAAGUGGAAGACGAUGUCAGCGAAUCUCUUGGCCAGCUUGCUUUGGACGAGUAUGGCCACAUGCGGUGGAUAGGUGGAUCGUCGACUAUGUCGCUCAUUCAGUCUUUCAAAGCCCUGACAACGUCUCCUCUCCACCGCAUAUCACCUAUGGAGGAGGACCCGUUAGCUCCGUAUCCGAGUGCCAAUAAACUAUAUUUCCCAGCCUCAGUCUUCUUUGGCAAAGUUCGUGCACUCCCCGGUCCAGAGGAAGUCGAAUAUCCCGAGCGAGAUUUGGCUGAUAAACUGGUCAAUACAUAUUUUUCACGAUUCCACUUCUUAAUGCCGGUCGUCGACAAACCAAGCUUCUUAAAACAGUAUCACAAUAUCAUGGACAACCAGCAGAAUCAUUCCCUCGUCCAAAGCGAAACUGCUUUCAUUUCGCUCAUCUUUGCUGUGUUCGCUUGCGCAGCAAAUCUUGUCCAGGACGAUAGACUUUCUAUGAGUGGCCGGACGGACGAGGGUGGGAUGGGAAUGGUUUAUUAUGAACGCUCUCUCAUUCUUCAGUAUAUCAGUCAUGCGAAUACCCAAACCGCUCAUGUCCAAUGCUUCAUUCUUCUUUCAUCAUUCCUUUGCUCCGUAAAUUGCUUACCACAAGCUUGGAUUCUGGUCGGACAGGCAGUUCGGACCGGUCAAGAUCUUGGCCUUCAUCGAUCACCACGCAGGCUCGUCCUCUCCUCUAUCGAAAUAGAAACACGCCGCAAGAUCUGGUGGGGCGUCUACACUCUUGAUCGCAUGCUUGCGGUAGCUCUUGGUCGCCCCCUUGGCAUCAACGAUUCCGAUUGUGAUGUUGAAUACCCGAUAGAUGUUGACGAUGACAACCUGCAAGAAUACUUCAGCGGUUCGCUCAUGACCAACAACACCACAUCUCUCAUGACCGGGAUCAUCGCGCUCAUCAAACUCUACCAGAUCGGAGGAAGAGUUCUUCGGGAUGUUUACGCUAUUGAAAACUGCAAGGAUAACCUUGAGCCAGAGAGGAAGGCGGAGUUACAGCGGACGGUGGAAGUUCUUGACAAUGAGCUGACUCAGUGGUGCGAUGAUCUGCCGCCUGUCUUUAAAUCUCAGCCCACCACCGACGAGCAAGUAUCAAUGGGUGCAGUGCUUUGCAGUCACUAUUAUUCCGUACUUACCACACUUCACCGUAAUAUGCUUCCCGUCAAGCGAGAUCAGCCUGUCGCUGCCAAAUCUACUGCAAAAGCCGUAUCCUCUGCUCGCUCAUGCAUUCGCCUGGCGCCGUCCAUGAAGAAUGUAGUACCUCCAUCCCAUCAUCUGGCUUUUUUCAUACAGCACUUAUUCAGCUCUGCCGUGAUCCUCCUGCUUUAUGCCAUGCAUUCUACUGAACCGAGGGCUGCUUCCGCUGCCAUGGAGGAAGCCAAGAGUACCCUAUCGGCACUGGAAUCUUGGGAGGGCCAGUGGCCUGGAGCACGCAAAUGCAGAGAGCUAUUGCUUGAGCUUACGAGCACAGCGACAGAGGCAAUUACACAGGCUCAAGCAGACCAGCAGAAGCAAACAAGUGAAUCUGGUAUUCCUAUAUCAGUAGCUCCAGUAAUGACUUCCCCUGCCAUGCACGAGCGGCAGCGCUCCCUGUCAGGAGCAAGUCCAAGUUCCGUUGCUGGGAGAGCACUCAAAGGCGUUGGUCGAACACGCAGGACUCAAUCUCGAGAAUCAGGGACUACCUCUAGACGCAUGGCUGCCGUUUCUCCCUAUAGGGUUGACACAACAGCCCGAGCACGAUCAACUUCUCGUAGACGAGGUUUUGAUGAAGAAAUUGAACGUGUCGGAAGUUCAAUGGGCCCUUAUUUCCAUAGCCUUUCUAGUCCAACAAAUGGAAGUUCACAUAGCUCUCCGGCAUCAGUGAACAUCCCUUCCCCGAUAACCAACGUACCUGAAGGACAGGAAUCGAGUCCUACCCUCGCAUCUGCGCACACUUUCAAUUACGGUUCCCCGAGGCUGUCUGCUGGUCAAAUACCGUCUCCACGAUAUGACUCAUAUGAUUUCGGACUCUCAAAUAAUCUCAACAAUUACCAGGGUCCCGCUCAACCGCAAUGGAAUGGUCAACAGGCAGGGGUUGAUAUCUAUUCUGCUGAGAAUCUGUAUGGGUCUUCGAAUGGCGUUUACCCGUCCCCAUUGGAAAACUACCCGGUCUUUGAAACCACCGGCACGCACGAGAUGCAUAACGGAAUGAACAGGCUGUCUACCACUCCCCCUACUUCAUCGUUCAAUGCAUCUGGCUUGCCGUUCCGCGGGUUAGAGUUCAUCCGUAACUACAGUCCUGGUGGGUAUCUCGCUGGCGACAAUUUCAUGGGCGAACCAGAAUCUCUUUGGCAGAGUUAUGAUCCACUUUCGUUCAAUGUAAAUCCUGAUCUUCCAUUUACUUUAGGUGAUCCUGAUGUACAUGGCACUGGCACCAACUAA